AUGAAUCGACCAUACGAAUGGGGUUUCUCAGCCAAGCAAAUGGGCCAGUACAAGGACCUCUUCAUAGACUACGGAGAGGAGGAAAUAGUCGAUUACCAAGACCCCGGUCAACUUGUGGCCGCCUUGAAACAAAAGGAGGAAGAGGUUAUUUUGGCAGCCCAGCUGGGGAACGCGUUGCUUCUGGAAAACCGUCAACUCAAAGAACAGAGCGACAAAAUCCACGAGAAGUACGCACAUAAGAUAGAGGAGCUGGAACAGAGCAAUCACAAGCUACGCUUAAAGCUGGAAAACUGCCAGUCUCAGUGGGAGAGUCAGGUGGGCUACCUGGAGAGGGAUGCAAGAGAGUUGAGUGCUCAGGUGCAGCAGCUCACCCAGGCCCUCUGCCUGGCUGAAAGGGACAAGACACAAGCUCAGAUGGAUUACAGUGAGAACACACAGCAACUGAAGGAAAAGCUCAACACAGCAAAGGAGGUGGAGAGGGUCAUGUCCUGUGAGCUGCAGACACUUAAACAAGAUGUGAAAAAAAACUCAAUCCUCACAAGGGCUCAGGAUGAAGAGAUGAUCAGUUCAAUGAGAGAGCAGGUGUUGCGCCUCACCCAAAGGGAACAGGCUUUGGAAGAGCGUUUGGAGAGCGUUUGUCAGGAGAAUGCUGAGCUGAGAGCCAAUUUAGCCUCUUUGAACGCACGCCUGGCUUUGCAUGACCAACUCCAACAGCAGCACAGCCAGCAGCUCACUGAAGCGUUACAGGAACUGGAGGUGGCUCGGUGCCGCUCACAGCAGCUUCAAGCACAAGUGGAGGAGCUGGAAGAACAGGUGUCCCUACAAGAAUACAAAAACGUUGGAGAUGUGUCCCUGCUCUCCGAGUUAGACAUGGCUGACCUAGGAGUCAGUAAAGAAGAGCUAACAGAAGAAAUGGGGGUGAUCCUUCAGUUGCUGCAGCCACUAGCUGAAAAAACUUCAACACAUUGUGAGGAUAAAGAUCAGGAGAACCUAAAGGACAUUCUUCACCAACUAAAGACUGUGGCCCAAACUCUCACACAGACCUCUGGCACACAGAAGUUGCAGCUGCAGCAGGAGAAUGCGGCAAUGAGGCAGAAGCUGCAGAGGGUCAAGGAGCAGGCAGAAGUCGCCCAACAGGCCAUCAGGGACCGAGAUGAAGCCAUUGCCAAGAAAAACCUGAUGGAAGCUGAAUUGGUCCGGAGUAAAAACGAAAUGAUGUCUCUGAACAAUCAGUUGUUAGACGCAAUUCAAAGGAAACUGGAGCUUUCACAGGAAUUGGAGGCAUGGCAGGACGACAUACAGAUUGUCAUCAACCAACAGCUGAAGUCGCAGCAGCAAUCGGAGCAGCCUCAAAAGAAAAUCACCUCCCAAGGAAUGUCAUUCUUCCGCAAGUCCAACCGGGCCACUUUUCCUUGGAAUGUAGACAACAAUCAGGACAAGGCCCAGUCUCCUUGGCGGGAAUGGUUAAGAAGAGGCAAAGGGGCAUCAUGCAACAAGUGA